CUUUCCUUCGCUCCUUAGAGUAGAAUCUUCGUCGAUAGCACCUAAUCGAGGUCUCUACCAAUGCGAUGCAACCCAGGUCGUGACAACUAGCACAAACCCUUACAGACUCUUUAGUGGUUUACGCAGCUAGACUAUUAUAGGUUUCGUUACAAAACGCUGUCUUGUAAGUUACUAGCUAAUUAUAGUUCAGCUUACUAAUAGUGGAAAAGUAAUUAAACAGACAUAAGCUGAUAAUUCUACCUAUUUGUAUAUAACGUAGGUUGCCCUUGCACGGUCAUUGAUCCCUGCAUGUUAGCACAUUGUUAUCGCCAGGUUCGUAUCUCCGGGCGUUGCAUCAUUGAGCCGCCCCGCUAAGCUCUCUACAUGCUUAUUUCGAAGCUCCUGUCACUUCUAUGGAGGGAAAGUCUACCACCUUUAACCACCUUUAAUACCUAUUUGCUGUUCCGCACAACUUCCAGCCUGCCUGCGUGAAGCCAUGCGCAACGAUUCAACAUGGCCUACAUAGCCCCGAUCCACCGGCCGAACAGUAUUCGGCAUGCUUUGCGAGCCAGCCUAUUCCCGGACGAGGAGGACUGCUUGGUCGUUGCGAAGGCGAACCGACUCGAGUUCUGGAAGUUCGACGGCGACACCCAGCUGCUGAAGCUAGCCGACACCAAGGUCAUCAAUGGCACCAUUAGCAUGAUGCAAAAGAUGCGCCCACGAGAGAGCGAGACCGACCUUCUCUUUGUCGGAACCGAACGCUUCCAAUACUUUAGUUUGCUGUGGAAUCCCGAGGAAGAAGUCUUAGAGACCACCACGUCCUUCUUCGAUGUUAAUGUAAAGUAUAUGCGCGACUCUCAAAGCCAGGACAAGUGUUUAGCGGAUCCCACGGGACGUUUCAUGGUGGUCCUGCUUUGGGAGGGCGUGUUGAAUGUGCUUCGCAUGAAGGUACACAAGGCCAAGAGGAAAGAAAUCGACUGGAUGGACCAAAUUCGAAUCCGCGAGCUCUUCAUCAAGUCGGCUACCUUCCUACACGCCGAAACGGGCCACCCCAAGCUCGCCAUCCUGUACCAGACCCGAACCGAUAUCCCAGAUUCCCAUCUCGUCACAUAUCGGCUUUUCACCGAUGAUAACAACACCGAGAUCUCCCGAUUCGAAGCCAAAGACCAGAUCGAUAUUAUGGAGAUUCAUGACCCCAGUGCUUCUAUGUUGAUACCUGUCGGCAAGGGCGAGGAGGAGCAAAAACGAUAUAUUGUACGAAACGCUGCGCAAGCAAGGGCACAGCUUGGUGGUUUGAUCGUUGUGAGCGAAAUGCGACUGUUGUACUACGACGAUGCCGCUAAGAAGAGAGUGGAAACUCCUCUAAGAGAAGCUUCCAUUUUCGUCGCUUGGGCUGAGUACGAUGUGUCGCACUACUUCAUCGGCGACGAUUACGGAACUAUGUGGCUGCUAACGAUUCUCUUGGAAGGCGCCGUGGUGACCGGUAUGCACAUGAAGAAAAUUGGGUCCACUUCGAGGGCGAACAGCCUAGUCUACAUAGGGAACAACUUACUCUUCGUCGGAUCGCAUUAUGGUGACUCGCAAGUCUGGCGGGUCGACAUCAAUAAUGGUCAGAUGGAACUAGUCCCUGAACUACCCAUGCCCAAUAUUUCUCCGGUCUUGGACUUCAAUAUCAUGGACAUGGGCAAUCGCGAGGGUGAUGAACAAACCACCAAUGAGUAUUCUUCAGGCCAAGCCAAGAUAGUCACGGGAAGUGGCGUUUUCAAAGAUGGAAGUUUACGAACUGUGAGGAGUGGUGUGGGACUGGACUACAUCGGAAUGUUGACCGAGAUGAAAGGCAUUCGAGCAUUGUUCCCUAUCCGGUCUCGUGGAAACUCCAAAUAUGACACACUCAUCGUCUCGCUUUUGACGGAAACCAGAGUGUUUUUGUUCGAUCCGACUGGGGAAAUUGAAGAAGUCGAAUCAUUCAAGGACAUGAAUUUGAAGGACCAGACACUACUAGCACAGAAUCUCCCCAACGGCAUGUUACUACAAGUCACUCCGCAUGCUGUUCAUCUACUCUCCAACGAGAGCGGUCCAGUGGGUUUUCCUUGGACGCCGGCUGAUGGGUUCAUUACCAACGCAUCGGCGAAUGAUACGUAUAUUCUUUUAUCCAUCGAUGGCAAGAGUCUUGUGUCGUUGGCAAUAGAGGACCACCUGAUAUUCCAAGGGCAGAAAGAUCUCGGGGACCAAGAUCAAGUGGCGUGCAUUCAUACGCCUCCGCAAUAUCCCAAAAUUGGCGUGGUGGGAUUCUGGAAAUCUGGAUCGAUCUCAAUCGUGAACAUGAUGAACUUAGAGCCGCUGCAUGGGGAGUUAUUGCGAAGGAGAGACGACAACACGUCAGUCCCUCGAGAUAUUGUUCUGGCGCAGAUCCUCCCACCGGAAACUUCGGGGCCUACCUUGUUCGUGUCUAUGGAUGACGGCUUCGUCAUUACCUUCAACGUUUCUAAAACAGACUUUGAAUUGUCUGGGCGGAAGAGUGUUGUGCUGGGUACCCGGCAUGCCCGACUUCAACUCCAGCCCCGGCCAAAUGCACCUGAACUCUUCAAUGUGUUCUCCACAAGCGAACACCCAAGUUUGAUCUAUGGAGCGGACGGUCGAAUUGUCUACUCUGCCGUCACGGCAGAGGAUGCAACCUGUGUGUGCACAUUCGACACUGAAGCAUUCCCAGGCUCCAUCGUAGUGGCGACGGACGAAGACUUAAAGGUCGCCGUCAUUGACAACGAACGUCGCACGCAUGUGCAACCCCUCGAGAUGGGCCAGACAGUGCGAAGACUAGCGUACUCCAAGGCCGAGAGGGUUUUCGGCCUAGGGUGCGUGAAGAGGCAGGUUGUCAACAACGAGGAAAUCAUUACCAGUGUGUUCAAGUUGGUCGACGAAGUCAAGUUCGACCAGGUCGGACAGGACUUCCCACUCGACGGCUCUACCGGAAUUGAAAUGAUUGAAGCAGUCAUACGAGUAGAAUUGCCCGACUCGUAUGGCAAUCGGGUAGAGAGGUUCAUUGUUGGUACCAGCUGCAUCAAUGAUAUCCAGCCAGGAGUUUCAGCUGCAAGAGACGAAUACCAAGGACGCAUUUUAGUGUUGGGUGUCGAUAGCGAGAGAAACCCGUACUUGGUAGGAGAGCGUGGUCUGAAGGGUGCGUGUAGAGGCCUGGCAACCAUAGGUGACUACAUCGUGGCCGCCCUCGUGAAAACUGUUGUUGUGUAUCAGUAUAACGAGACGUCAACUACCAGCUGCAGCCUGGAACGGCUAGCAUCAUACCGACCUUCCACCUAUCCUACCGAUGUUGCUGUCGAAGGGAACACCAUAGCAGUUGCCGACCUGAUGAAGUCGAUGACCCUAGUCCAGUUCACCCCACCAGCCGAAGGUCAGUGUGCGAAACUGACUGAUGUUGGUCGACACCACCAGGCUGCCUGGGCGACCUCUGUGUGUCAUGUUGAGGGAUCCUCGUGGCUGGAAACAGACGCUAAUGGCAACCUCAUGGUGCUACGGAGGAACGAGGCAGGUGUGACGGAAGAGGACAAGAAGCGGAUGGAAAUCACGAGCGAGUUGAAUCUCGGCGAGAUGGUCAACAGGGCCAGGAAGGUCACGGUUGACGCAACUCCCAAUGCUGUCGUCGUUCCGAGGGCAUUUCUCGGCACGGUUGAAGGCGGCGUCUACCUCUUCGGCACCAUCGCGCCGCAACACCAAGACCUGUUGAUCCGUUUCCAAUCCAAGCUCGCCAACAUGAUCGAGUCGACGGGUCUGCUGAAGUUCGACAACUACCGCUCGUUCCGGAACGAGGAGCGCGAGGCGGAGAUGCCGUUCCGAUUUGUGGAUGGGGAGCUGAUUGAAAGGUUCCUCGAUCAAGAUGAAAGGAUGCAGGAGGAGAUGGUGGAGGGAUUGGGGCCGGAUGUAGAGUCGAUGCGGAAUUUGGUUGAGGAGUUGAAGAGAUUACAUUAGGAUAAAAUAAAGUAUGGGUUACUAUGUAGAGGGGAAGGAUCACUGAAGGGUUUGAUUAAGUCGAGAGUUGAUCACGUUCAAGAGGAAUAAACAAGUAUUACUAACUAGAGGGACAAGUCUCAC